CGCUGCAGUAGCACGACACCGCCGCGCGAGUUUGACAUGACAUCGACGUUGCACUCGCAAGAAUAGAAUGGAAGCCUUGAGUUGCCGCUUUCACAGAACGCCACUCCCAAAGCUACGCCAUCCGAGUGGCCUGGACAGCUGCUAUUCGUCGUAUCACUGGCCACAGUUCACACGAUGCGUCCGAGAGAGGAGCAAACAUCGUCAACGUGUACCUCUCUGUCGCCGGACUGCCGACGCUCUCUCCGAGCCGUGCGUUGACAAUGUGGAUCUCGGAUCGCUUCUCCUGAGGAUCAUGGCUUCCUGGCUCGUAUCUCUCAGGGCCGUCUACUUGCGAAGGCCAAGCUACCACCGGUAACACUAUGGCUCGAACAGCAUUCUGCGUGGCGGGCGGGAAUGGUCUGUCGAUCGCCACGGCGCAGUAUAUGAAUACCAGAGUCUCCUGCUUUCAUUGUUCUCUCUUCCCAUCAUCGUCACCACCACAGGCAACUUCAAAGGCGCCUCAACACCGCCGACCGUUGUUUUAUAUCUUUGUCGAGGUCCCACUCGUUCAGGCUUCGUCUAUCCCAUCGCUUUCCAUCACCCGCAACAUUUACUGUGCUGUUCGGUAACACAACAGCAAUCAUGUUGUACAAGCUCUCGGUUCUGGCGCUGGUGGGCGCUACCUACGCUCUGCCAAACGCCCCAGCCUACGGUGCGGCGGCUCCUCCAGCAUAUGGCGCCUCUUCGUCUUCGUCGAAACCGCCAGUUUCGCCAAGCUCGAAGCCAGUCAGCAGCUCGACUGAGGCACCCAAAUACUCCACAACCUCUGCCGGAAGCCAGCCAACUGCGUCCUGCCCUGCUGCUGGCACCUCUGACAGCCAUGGUCGGUACAGCUGCAACCCAGCCCACUCGUACCCUGCAGGCCAGACCUGCAAGCUGAUCGAUGGUUGCUACUUCAUCGACUCUGGCUCUGCUAGCAUGCCAGCAGCAUACCCAUCUGCCAGCUCUACUGCGCCAGCAGCUUACCCUACCUCUUCAUCGGCGUGCCCAGCGCCGGGUACCAACGACAGCCAAGGCCGCUACAGCUGCAACCCAGCACGCACGUACCCAGAGGGCCAGACCUGCAAGCUGAUUGAUGGAUGCUACUUGCUCGAGUACCCAAAGACUAGCACCGGCUCCGUCACCAAGCCGGCAGCAUACCCAACUAGCUCGACUGGUCAAACUUGCACACUGAUUAACGGAUGCUACCUUCUCGAAACCCCAAAGACUAGCUCUACCGUGCCAGCCGCUUACCCUACCUCAUCGUCGUCGGCAUGCCCAGCGUCGGGUGCCAAGGACAGUCAGGGCCGCUACAGCUGCAACCCGGCACACACCUACCCAGAGGGCCAAACCUGCAAGCUGAUCAAUGGAUGCUACCUCCUUGAGACCAGCUCUUCUACAGUGCCCGCAGCUGCCAGCUCGACCAAGGCCUCGCCUCCGGCGUACAAGCCAAGCUCCACCGCCCCAGCUGCGUACGCCAGCAGCACCCCCGUGGCACCACCAGCCUACGGCGCAAGCAGCACCCCCGUAGCACCACCAGCCUACGGUGCAAGCUCGACUACUCCAGCGGGUCCAGCUUCCUACCCAGCCCCUACCGCCUACUAAAUGUAUGAAGAAGCAGAAGAAUGAAGAAUAGAAGUAUACAACAGCGCGGGACUUUUCUUACUGUACCAUGGCAUCUUUCUUUUUGUAUAUAGUACUGCUUUGUCUGACUCAUACAAGCGAGCGAGUGAUUUUUGGGGAAAUCAGAUCCAGUAUACAUCUCUAACAGAGAGAGACAAGUGUAUGACAAAAAGUGUACGAAGUCAGAGAUUUUUCACAAAAAUGUAUGGUUUUUUGGGGGGAUGGGAAUAGAUGGGUGUUGAUAGAUAGAGGAGUAUCAGAAUGUUACCGUUUCAGUCUUUACAACAAAC